UUGUCCAUUAAGACGGUUGUUCAUGUAACAUCGAGGAUGCGGUAGUGCAGCGAGAUGCUUUGCUCGAAGUUGAAAAUUGCAAAUUCACAUUAUAAGCUCUUUAAAUUUUAUUAAACAUAGACUGCACGAAAAUAACAACACCAAUAUAAAUAACUUAUAUUUUGACGAUCAAAGUGAUACAGGUGAAACAAAUAUAUUGGAUUGGUCUCACGAAAUGUACAUAAAAGAAAACCUAAUUUCUGAAAAAUGUUCGACUAUUUUUUCAAACACAUUGGAAAACUUUGGUAUCUUGUUAGUCCUAAGGAGACGAUUUUUGAAUUUCCUCAUGAGGUGCCAGACUAUCAGCAACAGAUAUGGAUGCCAUUUUUUCUUUUGUUAAUUUUGGAGCAAAUAAUAUUAAGAAAAAAAAAAUUCCGUUUGAAUGAUCAAGUGACAUCGUUAUCUCAUUGGAUACUGCAUGAAACUGUCCGAAUUUUUUCACGCGGUGCCGAAUAUUAUAUAUACAUCAUCAUUCACGAGAGAUUUAGUAAAGGAUGGAAUUUACCUUGGGACUCAUUAUGGACAUGGUAUAUUACUUUCAUCGUUGUGGAUUUUUGCUAUUAUUGGGCACAUCGCAGUAAUCAUGAAAUUCACUUUUUGUGGGCAUGUCAUCAAGUGCAUCAUAGCAGCGAGGAGUUCAAUCUCGCGGUCGGUCUGCGACAACAUAUUUUACAACACUGGUGCAACUUUGCAGUUUAUUUGCCUCUCGCCAUUUUUAUACCUCCAUCGCAUUUUAUGGUCCACAACCAAUUCAAUUUGAUAUAUCAAUUAUGGAUACAUACAACACUCAUCGGUGAUCUCGGACCGCUCGAAUUGAUUCUUAAUACACCUAAGCAUCAUCGCGUUCAUCACGGUUGUAAUCUUUUCUGUCUAGAUAAGAAUUAUGGAGGUGUAUUUAUAAUAUGGGAUCGAUUAUUUGGUACAUUUCAAGAAGAACAACAGAAAGAAGAAAUAAUUUAUGGUUUGGUGGUUAAUCCUAACUCAUUUAAUCUGAUUUAUCAGCAGAUAUUUUAUUUGAAGAGUGUAAUUCAGAAAAGUAUAAGUAUGGUUACUUGGAGUGAUAAAUUUGCCGUUUUUUGGAAAGGUCCUAGCUGGUUUCCAGGCGGACCACGCUUGGGUUUAGAUACAUUAAAAAUAAAGGUGAAACCUAGAAUCAUAUACGAUCCCUUUAUACCAAGAUGGCAAAAAAUAUACAUUGGUAUACAAUUUUUAACGGUUUUUUUCAGUCAUUAUCAACUACACAAUCUAUUACAUGAGAAUUUAUAUGACUAUUGGAUAAUAUUUGCAACGGUAAACAAUUUAAUCACUCUUAUCAGUAUAAGUUUGCUGUUUGAUAAAUGUAGACUUAUAUAUCCUAGUAUCAUUGAACUCGUGCGCUGUAUCGUUUAUUUGUGUUUUGUGCCUGCAACAAAUCAUGAUAAUUUAAUUGACUAUUGUACGUAUUGUAUACAGGGAUUUAAUUUGAUUUUUGUUUGGUUACCUUAUUUCAUAAAUAAAUUUUUUACAUAUAUAUACAUGUAUAUCCGCAACAUAUAAAUCGCAAACAUGUAUAUGUUAUCGAAAAUUGAAAAUCUAUGUGAUAAUUUGAAACACUGCAUAUAAAAAUCUUAAAAAACUUUUUUAGACCAAAAUAUACAGAUCUACUUAACGUAUUAAUGCUAAUUUUAGCCUUGAAUUUUAAUUUGUAAUUAUAUUGAGUUGGAAGUAGUGUAAACUAAAAUAAGAUGGAUAUUAAUGCAAAAAAUACAAUAAUUACAUGAUAAAUUUAAUAUAAUCUGCUAAUG